AAAUGAAUGGGGGAGGUUUAAUAAGAUUUAGAAAUCCAAAUUUAACCCAUCCCAAGAAACGAGAAGUUAUCAAAACGCAACCGUACAGUUUUACAGUUAGCGUCAGUUGAGGAAUACCAAAUUGUGAAACAGUCAACCAGGAGGAGAAGGGCUAGAGACUCUUGAGGCAGAGGAGGCAGAGUAGUUGACGGUAAAUUAACGCCUAAAGUAGAAAAAGACACAACGAGCGAAUGAGUGUACGUGUAGCAGAGAGAGAGGGAGAAGCAGGUUGAGGUUGUGAUUUCGGCAUUGGCGUCCUCUAUUCAAACUUUUGGGCUGCGUCUGCGUGGACGAGCACCACAAACUCAGCUCAACCAUUUGGCACAAACGAUCUGUUAGAACAAUUUUACAGAGCAAAUUACAUCCCUGCAAGGAACCACCAUCUCGACUUCUUCUUCAUUCAUUCAUUCAUCCGUCUCUCGUUUAUGUCCAUUAAAACAACCUCUCCUUUUUUUCAACUAUUUCAUAUAAUUGUAACACAAAGUUAUAAUUGGAAUUGAAGUAAUUUUCCCUCUUUUCCUUCCACCUCUCCUUCUCUCAAAACCUCAAAUCUUAAUUCUUUCCUCCUUUCUUUCUCUAACUACUCUGGAGUUAUAUCAAUGGACCCCAAGACACCCGAGAGUCGCCCCUGUUCCUUGCUUUUGUAUUCUGUUCUUCUUCGUUUUGGCUUCCACUUCCCUACCCAACGUUAAGGUUUCACAACUUCGCGGCAUCAUUUGUUCCUAUUUUGCCAUAGCAAAUGGGAAAGAAGCAAUUGAGACGUGAAUAUUCCAGCAUGUCAUUCUCCAAUCGUGGCUGCAUGUCAGGCAUAUUUCAUAUCCUCUACCCCCAUCAGUGGCAUAAUGUGAAAAGGAUGCUCCCACACAAGAGGCACAGCGCUGGAAGGCAACCUGAGGGCCUCGAAAGUUCAAAAGUGGAUCGGAAUAUCCCUAAUACCAUCGAAGCACAAGAAUCCAUAGAUGGUGAAGUGGACAGAUUGCUUUUUGACAAGAAAAUAACAGAGACCAGAACAACCAACAAGAAAUCUGGAAAACACCACAUCAAAACACUAAUUGCAGAAGAAAUGUCAGAAGAAGAUGAUCAGAAACGCCGAACUAAAGUAUUCCCUGCACAAGUACGGCUUCUGCGUACUGAUUCCAUCCAUCAUUUGGAACCUUCAGAUGAUCGUUUCUUUAAGGAUAUGACAGAAAAAGGCAACAGCCCAAGAAUUGGUCAUUGCCAAUAUAAUGUUAGGAAUACUGGUGUCAGCAAGCUGGUCCCAGUCAUGCCAGAGCCUCCUGAGACAGAUGCUAGCAGUAAAAAAUGUGAGGUGUGUGGAACAAUGAAUGCUGAGAGCAACAUGGGGCAUGCUCAAGUUGAUGAGUUGAGGAGACAGCUAAUUCAGAAUCAUCCACUUCUUUGGGAUAAGCUGGACAAGGGCUUGUCAAAGCAGAAGUACAGGGAUGCUAGGGAUCUUAUAAGAGAAGAUUCACUUCCCCAGUCAAAGGAAUUUCUGAAUGUUCUGGAUGUGUUUCAGGUAAACAAGGAGUUAUUUAUGAAAAUUCUACAAGAUCCAGACUCUUCUCCGGCAGAUGAAUUCCAGAAUGUGCAGAUUUCCAAUGCAGAGAGAGAAUUGACCAAGUCAAGUUCAUUCCCAGUAGCUUACUUGUCAUACAAUAACAAUGUUAGGCCAAGCAAUCUCAAAAACAAUCUGAGGAAAAUCAAAUCUUUUACAAAACGAGAGGGGCAGCUGCAAGAUGGGAGUUCGGUAAUUGAUUCUUCAGAUGACAUUAUUACCGGAUUGAUGGCUGAUCGUAAUAAGCAAGAAAAGGUAGGAACUGCUGAACCUAGUAAAGAUUCAGAUUAUUCUCUGGGCUCAUCCCAAGCGUUGAAGAACCAAGGGCAUAAUCCAGGAGUUACCACCCGUUUCAAGAAUAUUAAGCAGCGGAUAAAACAUGCAACCGAAGGUAGUGGAAAGGAGCAUCACCGGAUUUCUAUGGAUGCAACCCUCCAUAAAAUUACUUAUGGUCAAAAGCAUACCAAGGAUGGGAAGAAGGAGAUGUCAUACAACUGGAAGAAGCCCCCAACAGACACAGAUUUUAAGGACAGUCCUAGUAGUUAUGGGAGAGACAGUUCUUUAUAUGCUCUAGGCAAUGGUGGUCUCCAUCGCCUCAGAAGAACAACGUCUCUUAAAGAAUCACUGGAUAGAUACUCUCAAUUGUUUGAGUCAACUUUCAGCAGAGAAUCUAAGGAACAUCAAACUGAUAGAGUAAGGCUGACAAUUGAAGAUGUGGGAUCCUCUUGUGGACCAGCCCCAAAAACCUUUGGAAGGUUGCUAUCUCUACCUGAACUCGAGUCUUUUUGCUCUCUGCAAAGUGAGUCGGAUAAUUCUUGUUUGGGGAUGUCAACUAGCAUUCAUGUGGACAACCCUGCAAAUAUGGAAAGGUCCGGUUCUGAUCAACAAAUGCUUGCUGAUCCUACUAUAUGUGCAGAAAAUGACUGUGAAUUAGAAGCUUCAGUAGAAAAUGUAACUCAAGAAAUCUUGGUGGAAGUGAGUGGAAGUAUUCUAAUUCAGGGGAAUGAGGUGGGACUGAUACUGAAUGCAGAUGAUGAUCGUAAAGUGGAUGAAAUGAGUGGUAAUUUGGACAAUCAACCAAUGCUGGAGAAUAGUUCUACUUCUCAACAUCAGCAGGAGAUUGAGCUUGCUACAGUUGCUUGUGUUAAACAGAUGCAAACAAGUCCAAACUCUGUUUUAGACUGCCACCUUUCAGAGUUUUUCAUAACAGAAGAAGCAGACUCGGAGUUAAAUAAUGAGCUGGAGGACUCUUUGGUCAACCUGCCAUAUGGAAAUGGAGUCAUAACAAAGAUUGAGAAUGUGACAAUUCUGAGCAAGCAUUUUGACAGUAGUGAUCUUCCGCUUGUCCAAGUGGAUAAAAAGGAUGAAUCUGAUUUUAAUUUUGUGAGGGAUGUGCUCAAGCUAUCUGGUUUCAGUGGGAAUGACAAGCUCAGGACAUGGCAUUUGCCAGAGCCGCCAAUUGACCCCUCAUUGUUUGAAGAAGUAGACUGUUGCAUACAGGAAACUGGCUGCAAUUGUGAUCACCAGGUUUUGUUCGACAUAACUAAUGAGGUCUUAGUAGAUAUCUAUGAGAGAUCAUUCAUGUACUGGCCCCGGCCUUUGUACACCAACUUGAGCAUCCGCCCAUUGCCCAUCGGCUUCCAUGUUCUCGAAGAGGUAUGGGCCAGUAUUAGCUGGUUCCUAAGGUAUCAACCAGAGUCCGAUCUGUCAUUAGAUUACAUCGCAUCUCGUGAUCUUGCUAAGGCUGAUGGGUGGAUGAACCUCCAGUUUGAAAGCGAGUGUGCUGGACUUGAGGUUGAGGAGUGGAUAUGGGAUGAUCUCCUGGAUGAAGUUCUUCUUGAGCUUGAGGAGGUCUGAUUAGGUACCCCUUUCUAAGGGUGCUUUCUUCAUCAUUGUUUUCAGUUAUACAUAACGUUUUGCCUCCUUAUUUAUUGUGUAAGUAAUAGGGUUUCUUCAGUUACAACAUUGUAUAGAUAGAGGUGAAUAUAGGAGAAAGAAUAUUUUUGUCAAAAUUAGUUACAUUGUACAGUUAAUGAAGUGUUUUACUUUGUUAAA